GGAAAAGUAGUCUAAACACGCAUUUGGUCUUUUCCCGUGCGCUACAAACAAAUUGACAGACUUCAGCUUCUAAUCGGCCAUUAUAAAUAAUAACCCAUUAAUGGUUUGCCAUUAAUAACUCCUCUGAUCAACUAAACACAACAUUCACUAGAGCUCCUUCACCAAGUCCAGAAUAAAGACCAUUUAGUUGACAAAAGCAAGCUAAUUAAGCAAUGGCUUUCCUCUCAGCCCUUUUCAGUUGCUUCAUUCCAUCGUCUUCUUCGCGAAUAUCCGAUGCUACCAUGCACAAUCUGAAGUUGUCGGUGUCAGCGCCCUCAUUGGAGAAGCCUAAAGGCAAAGCAAAGUGGGGUGGAGCCCCAAUUCCAGUAUCUUACUUCCCCAUUAACUCCCAUCUCUCGCGCAGUCAUAUAGUUGAAGUGCAACAAGCGAUUGACUAUGAUAGAUAAAUGGUUCUCAUCAAUUCAUGUUGCGAGACCGGAGGGAGUAGCAGCAUGUGCAACACUGCAUUUCACACGAUCCAAAUCCCUCCUUUAAUUCAUA